GCCUCCAAGAUGGCGGGCUCGGCUUCAGCGGCGGGGGGCGGCCGGAGGGCGCGGCCGGGAUGUGGCGGACGGCGCUGGGCCGCGCGCGCGCGCUGCUGGGCGGUGUGCGGACCCGAUGGCCCGGCCUGAGGCGGCUGGGGGUCGGCGGGGCGGGCCCGGAGGUGUCGGGGCGGCGGCGGGCCUGGGCCCCGGCGCGGGGCGGGGGCUGGCGGGGCUGCGCCUCCGGGCCGGGGCCCGCGGCGGCGCUGGGCCGCGUGGAGGCCGCGCACUACCAGCUCGCGUACACCUGCAAGGUCUGCGGAACUCGGUCCUCCAAGCGCAUCUCAAAGCUCGCCUAUCACCGGGGUGUGGUCAUCGUGACCUGCCCAGGCUGCCAGAACCACCACAUCAUCGCCGACAACUUGGGCUGGUUCUCUGACCUGGAGGGGAAGAGGAACGUCGAGGAGAUCCUGGCAGCCCGAGGGGAGCGAGUGCGCCGGGCGGCUGGCGAGGGAGCCUUGGAGCCGGCUCCGGAGCCUGCGGGGGCUUCCGGCUCCCGCGCUGCCCCGCAAGAGGAGGAGGAGGGUGAGGAUCCCACCAGCCCCAGCCCCACGGAGCGGAGAUGACGCGCGCCUUCCAGAAAGGCACUCCCGCCCGGCCCGGCCCGGCCCCUCACACGCCGCCUGCUUCUUGUCAGUAAACAAAUGUCGCCUCCGUG